GAGGUGGACUGAUUGCAUACAUCUGGAUAAUGUUUCUGCACAUCAAAGUUCACAAAAUCAGAGGUUUCGAUUUACCCGUGAAUUUCAUGGAGGGGAUAGUUCAAAAUGCCAGUUAGGAUGGAUUAAAUAGAUGUAAGACGACCCCCAUGAUUAAAAAUGAAUGAAGCUAUACAAGAGAGGGGAGAGAAUACUACAGAUCUGCUAAUUAUGAAUGAUAAAGAUAUUGUGUACAAAGAUAGUGUCAUGACACCUACUAUAGCUACUGUUUCUAAUGAUACAGAUGGGGGUUACUUUGGAGUUCAGGAAUUUCUGAGAUGUACAAGUGAAGAAAAUAAUAAGCAAGAGUUGAAUUCAGACGACAAAGACAAAGAAAUUUUAGUACGUCUUGAAGAAGGAGAUCCAAAAACUCUGUUAUACCUUCAAGAAGAAGACAAAGACAGUGUCACAUGUCUUAAAGAAGGAAGCAGAGAUACUUUAGUGAGCCUUGAAGACAGAUUGACUGUUCAUGGCUCCAAUCUUUCAAGACCAAAUCAAGAAAAGUUGAGCAGUAAUGUUACACAGAAUGAUUUUCUGAUGUCUACAGGUUCAGCUCUAUACACUCAUGUUAACAUGCUGGGUGAUGCUGAGAAUUCUUCGGCUAAACAUUCAGUAAAAAGAAAUCUAGUCAACAAAACCGCUCAAGUCCAGGAAAAAAGUGUCUCAAAUCGAAAAUCUCCAGAAUACAUUCUGUCCAUUGAUGUUGGUACCACAAACAUUCGUGGACAUGUCUAUACAAAGACUGCUCGACUACAAGGCUCCGCUACUAAACAACAACAGCUUCUGCAACCAAAUCCUGGUUGGUUUGAACUAGAUCCUCAGAAGCUUGUAGAUGAUGUCAUUAGUGUGGCGAAAGAAAGUAUAUUAGAUGCUGGGCUCCAGGCAGAGCAGAUUACUUGUAUGGGAAUCACAACAAUGAGGGCUACCUUUGUUACCUGGGACAGUGAAACAGGCAUACCAUUCCAUAAUUUCAUCUCAUGGCAAGAUUUACGAGCCGCUGAUUAUGUGGCUAUAUGGAACAAGUCAUACACACUUCGAACAUUGAAUGCUGGCGCCAAAGUUCUUCAUUUCUUUCUAAGAAGGAAGCGUCAUCUGGCAGCUAGUGUCUUAAAAUUCAUGUCAAAGCAAGUAACCAUGAGACUAUUGUGGGCACUUGAUAAGUUUCCUCAGAUCCGACAGAGAGCAGCAGUGGGAAAGGCCAUGUUUGGAUGCAUUGACACCUGGUUGCUAUGGAAACUUACAGGUGGGAAUAUUCAUGCCACUGAUUAUUCAUGUGCCAGCUCUACUGGCCUUUUUGAUCCAUUCCAGAUGGAAUGGAGUGGUAUAGUCUGUGGUCUUCUCAACAUUCCCAUGACAAUAUUACCAGUUAUCAAUGACACCAGUGGUGACUUUGGCUGGACAGACAUUAAAACAGUUGGUUUUCAUAUUCCCAUCUCAGCUGUGGUUGCUGAUCAACAAGGUGCCAUGUUUGGUCAGUGCUGCUUUGAAGUUGGGGAUGUGAAAUGUACAAUGGGCACUGGAACAUUUCUGGAUCUGAACACUGGAAACAAACCUCAUGCCUCAAUUGCAGGCUUGUACCCUCUUGUUGGCUGGAAAAUAAAAAAAGAACUUGUAUUUCUGGCUGAGGGCCAAUCUGCAGACACUGGUAGUAUUAUUGACUGGAUGAAGUCUUUAGGAUUACUAAAUAAUGUGUCUGAGAGUUCGGUGCUGGCACAAUCUGUCCCAGAUUCUGGUGGUGUUGUAUUUGUUCCAGCAUUUAGUGGCCUGCAAACUCCAUUCAAUGAUGACAAAGCUGUCACAUCUAUUUUUGGCUUGAAUCCCAACAACACCAAGGCCCACAUAGUGCGAGCUGUGCUUGAGUCCCUGGCCUUCCGCUUCAAAGCUUUGUAUGAGACAGUUCUUACAGAGACUAAGAUUCCUUUUUCUCAUGUUAGAGCUGAUGGAGGAGUGGCCAAUAAUGAUUUUUUGGUUCAACUUAUGGCUGACCUUGUUGACCAGACCAUUGACCGUAGCUGUAAUGGUGACAUGUCCUGUUUGGGAGCUGCUUUUUUGGCUGGUCUUGCUAAAGGUGUUUGGAAAGACAAGGAUGAGUUAUUGGCCCUGCGCCAAUCAGACAAGGUGUUUGAAUCCCAGCACAACUGGUCCAGUUUAAAACCUCUCUACCACCAGUGGGAAAAUGCCAUUCAUCGUUCCGAGAACUGGUUUCCUUCCAACUACUAAUUGCUGCCAAGUUAGGAUGUUUUUAAUUAUUUUUAACAUGCACAGUGUAUGUUUUGUUACAAUGUUUGCUAAAGAAAUCAAGAUUGUUACAAUUCUACGACAGCUACAGAGGAAGGCAGUUACAAUUCUACGACAGCUACAGAGGAAGGCAGUUACAAUUCUACGACAGCUACAGAGGAAGGCAGUUACAAUUCUACGACAGCUACAGAGGAAGGCAGUUACAAUUCUACGACAGCUACAGAGGAAGGCAGAAACACAAAGAUUGCCUUAAAUUCUUUGUUUAAAAUAUAUGUUUGCCUUACAUUCUUUGUUCAAAAUGUACUUUUAAACAAAGAAGUCAAUAAAAAAUUUUUAUGUCUGAACAUUUGUUUGUAACUUCCGACCACAAAAUGUACAUAAAAUUGAAUCUAUGCUCAUAUUUUAUGUCAAUGUGAAUUGUGUUAUUUGAUAAUAACAUUUAUUUUUGUGUCAGUAUUUUCUUUUCAUGUUUGAUUCAAAUUGUUGACUUUAAGGUCAACAACAAAUAACUAAUAUAUUUUGCACAGAUUUUUACCUUUGUGGCAUACAUUUGACCACAUCUAGCUAGCAAAGAGAUGGUUGAAUUAUUCUUAUUCUACUUUAUUUUUUAAUAAGCCUUUGGAUAAGAUAAGAACGAAUUCUUUAUGCCUUAGUUAUCUUAUGCAUUGUAUAGGCAGGAUUGUAAUAAUUGAUGGUUGAGUGGUUCACCUUUUUUUAUAUGAUGGGCCUGUUAUCAUGGUCUAGCAUUUAAACUGGCAGGCCAGUAAAAAUGAUAUAAUUUCCAAAUUUUGUUAUUUUAAUCAUGUUAUUUCAAUGAUAAUCUAAAUAUUGUUAUUUUAUGCAAAAUUUGUUUUAUUCUUGCAUCUGAUCUUGUUCAAUAACCCAAAACUAGGUUGUUGACUUAAGACUGUAUUUGACUUUGUAUCUGUUUCGAUACUGUGUAUCUGACUUUAAAAGAUUUCAUAUUUGAGAUUUGAAUAAAUCAAAAUUUAUAUUUCUUUGAAA